CGAGCUGCGAGGCGAGGCAGUCAGUCGCUCUCAGCUACGACAUGCAUAACGCAUGAGAGAGCCCGAGCGAGAUCUUUUGCGACCCGUCGUCUCUCCUCUCGCGCGCAACACACGAUCGUUCUCUCUCUCUCUUUCACUCUCUCUCCUCUUUCUCGCUCUUGUUCGUCGCGUACCACACACUCGCGACCGGGAGAGACAACCGUGCGCGAGGAAAACGCACACGCGCGCAACCGGAGACACCGCCGUGCACCUUUUACUCGCCUACCGUGCUGGCUGCCGCUCGUCCGCACUCGUCGUCGCGGAUCCGUUUCGCGUUCCCGGAGUACCGUCCUGUGCCCGUGCCAGCAGCGUCGUACCUGACCGUACUGCUUCACGCGAGUGUCGCGACGUGCACCGUCCACGACGAGUCUGCCAUCGGCUAGCGACUAGGUUCGCGAACGAGACCUAAGAAGUGAUAAUAACGCGUCCCGGCGAUGAGUGAUCACCACCGGUAAAAGGACCUCGCGAGUGUUAUCGGGGUUUGUUCCGAGAAUUUCGCUCGACAGCCGCGGCUCGGGGUGCGUUUACACCCGAGAUUACGACAGCGUCACCGGAGGAGCAAUCCUCCCCGGUGGACGGGUGAAAUCCACCAGUUUGUAUGUUCGUCGUACCGUACGCGGGUUACAAUCGUCGAUCUGACAAAACUAUGGACUGCGAGUUGUUCGCACGCGCGACGAUGCCGCUUGCUCGGGAUUUGGUGCGUCGUCGCGAACGAUGGACUGUGCGCUGCGUGUGAUCGGUGAUCGCUGACCAGGAAACAGAGUUCUUCGAACAUUCAUCGUAGUACGUUAGAAGAGAUAGUCGGUUACGAGGUUCCGCGUAAGUUCCCGGAGUCUGUGACAAGGACGGUUGAAUUUAUCGUUUUGUUUACCGAUCGAUUCGCGGCAUUCGCGCUACCAGGAUACCAAGGAAUACGCAAUCAGAGGAACACUCAAGCAAAAGGACUUUGACGAAUAUCGGUCGGGGCGAGGAGCGAAGAGAACGAAACCGAGAGGGUGCCCUGUCGGGGCAGCCCUGAACGCUGGGAAGAAGGAAAGACAGUUUAAGGGAAAUAGCGAGCAGCAGGGUUGUCGAUACCUCUGAACGAGGGGAGGUAGAUGGCAGCUACCACGUACAUGCCGAUUGGUAGCGCAGUGUCGUCCGAGCUGGAUGUUGGUUCGGGUACCGCGAUCGGGAUGAACAUCGCCGUGGGUGGCUACUCCUCGGGCUCGCCUCGCAGCGCCGCCGAUGCCGGGGAGAUGAAGUAUAUGCCGGCGCCGCAGCAUCAUCACCACCACCAUCAUCAUCAUCAGGUGUCGUCGUCCCCGUCGCCGAAUGGGUUGUCGCACCCGACGGCGAGCCUCUCGUCGGCGAACCCCUGGGUGAGCCUUCAACCGAGCAGCGAUCACUGGGCGUCCUCGAUGGGGAUGCACCACACCAGCCAUCACCCGCAUCAUCAUCCGCACCAGACGAACGCGGGUUUGGACGUGAAGCCUCUGACUGCGGCGGCGGCGACCGCAGCGGCGGCCGCGGCCGCGGCCAACGACCAGUCGAUGCAUCAUCGCGGCGGUUCCCAUCAAUCGCCCGGGAUGGCCUCGCCGCAUCCUUGGCACGCGCCCGUCGUACCGUCGGCCCACUACAAUCCCAGCGGUGGCGCGGCCUCGCCCACCACCCUUCAACAUUACCACGCCGCGAUGAACGGCAUGCUGCACUCCCAUCCGCAUCAGCAUCAUCCUCAGCUGCACAACCACCAGACCGGCCUUCAUCCGAACCUGAGGGACCCGGGCUCGCCCGUCGGUCACCCGUUGCACCCCGGCCACGCGCACGACAGGGAUCACAGCGCCGGCGAGGAAGACACACCGACCUCGGACGACCUAGAGGCGUUCGCGAAGCAGUUCAAGCAACGUCGCAUCAAGCUCGGGUUCACCCAGGCGGACGUGGGUCUGGCGCUCGGCACCCUCUACGGGAACGUUUUCUCGCAGACGACGAUAUGCAGGUUCGAGGCGUUGCAGCUCAGCUUCAAGAACAUGUGCAAGCUGAAGCCGUUGCUGCAGAAGUGGCUGGAGGAGGCGGACUCGACGACCGGCUCGCCGACGAGCAUCGACAAGAUCGCCGCUCAGGGCAGGAAACGAAAGAAGCGCACCUCGAUCGAGGUGUCCGUGAAAGGCGCCCUCGAGCAACACUUUCACAAACAGCCGAAACCGUCCGCGCAGGAGAUCACCUCGCUGGCGGACAGCCUGCAGCUCGAGAAAGAGGUGGUGCGGGUGUGGUUCUGCAACCGACGGCAAAAGGAGAAGAGGAUGACGCCGCCGAACACGCUCGGCGACGGUAUGAUGGAGGGUAUGCCGCCCGGUCACCAGGGACAGGCUGGUCUGCAUCAGGGAUACCACACGCAGGAUCACCUUCACGGCUCGCCGAUGGGCCACAGCCACAGUCCGCCGAUGCUCAGUCCUCAGGGUCUCACGGCCCACUCGUUGGCGGCCCACUAGCGUUCGCCCGGGCCUCCCCCGUUGGGCCUCUCGAUAACCUCUCAAAACUCAGUGAACAACCCGGUGGUUUCGUCGCCGCCGGACACGCUCCCUCCGUUCUAUCAUCAUUACCUGCAGGCGCGCACAGGCAGCUAUUCGGCCACUUCGUAGCCGUGGCCAACGAGCUGUCCCGACGCGUCUCGCGUUCUGUCCGCUCCUAGUCGGCAGCUCGACGGAGGAGCCUACCAUCACGGCGCGACGUAACCGACCCGCGACCGAUCUGAUCCGGGUCCAGAGCGCGCGCCAGUGAUCGUCAUCAUCGUCUAAAUCGUUUCGACGAGGUUCAAUGGGGUUCAACGAGGCCGAGCCCGGGCCAACGGGGAGGCCCGUUAUACGGCGCGAUGGGAAUCGCGCCGCCGCUCAUUCCUCGUCUAUGGUCGUCGCCAAUCAACGCCCCCAGGGUAUCGUCGCCGUCGUCGUCGAGAAAAUCCGGAUGCCCAUCGAUCGUUCUCAUCUGUGUUAGAUACGUUCUACCUACGUACGUCUAUGCUGAAUCCGCGCGAUUGUCUAUCCACCCUGGUGUCCGGAAAGUGUGCGUAAAAAUUCGUGUUACGAUCGUCGGCUCGAUCCGUCCGUCCCGGCCGUUCGUUCGUUCGGUAUAUGGAAAAGUAUAAUAAUAGAAAUUUAAAAAAUGGGACGCUGCGCGUCGUUAAACGUCGUCAGCGACGACGGGGGUAGCGGCAUAGUGCGCGUUGUGUGACAUCGACGAACGACACGGGGGAAUCGUCCUUCGGCGGACAGCGACGGACGGACGCGGCCAGAGGCGAAGAAGCGGUGUGUUCGCGCGGGAUUUGUUCGAGGCAAACCCGCCCGGAUGAUGUAACAUAAGUAAAUAUGGACUGUAAAUAAUGUACCACGUAAAUGCUAGUAAGUUAAGUGAGAGAGCGUGCAUCGUCGACGUCUCGUCUUCUUCGUUGUCGUCGCCCGUGAAAAUGGAACCGGGGAUAUAAAAAGUCGGUGGGGAAUCAACGGCGCGGGCCGCGACCAAGAUAAAACGAAAAGACGAACGAGACGAGCUGAUUUUCGCGAAGAGGGACAGGACACGCGCCCAGAACGGGGAAAAAAUGACGCGCGUGUCCCGGAAAACGUGUGCCGAAUCCUAGCGACAGCAGUACCCCCUCGCAAAGAAAAACCCCUUCUGUAUAAAGAUUUCGCUGCCCACGGAUCGCCCAUCGUCCCGCGGAUACUUCCCGGACCCAGUAGCCGCAACUAUCGUGCAUGGUCCACCUAGACAUCGUCGUCGUCGUUGGCGUUUAAUUCUCGAGGACGUUCCAAGGGGUCCGGGGGACGAGGUCCGUCGAUUGUGCGCGGUCAG